AAUACACCUAUAUGUUCUGAGAAAGUUCCAUUCUAUCAUUAUUUGUUCUACAACAGAGUACUAACCCAGGUAUGUACAUAGGUAGGUGUGCUGUCCCGGCUGGGUGCUGUAUGUAUGCAUCAGCUUGUUUGCAUCUCACCUGCGGUGGCCAUCACCAUACCAUCAUUCUUUGACAGCCUGAAAUUUGUAUCAUCUCUCACAUUUCUAUCUCAAAAACACCAUUUUCAAACCCUCACAUAUCAUCCCUCUCGUUUAAGAUCAAACUUUUCUCUCCCCUCUCUCUCUCCUAAAUUGACUUCCCGGCCCAGCCGUCGAUCACCUGUCUGCACAACACUUCCUGUUUAAGGGCCAGUAUUUGCAGCUCCAGCUUGGUAAACCCCAACUGUCGCAUCCGCCUGAAGCUAGCCAAGGGGUUCUGCCUGGCAAUUUGUGGUCAGAAUGUCUGAUCAGGCAAUACUCCGCAUCACAAGAGAAAUCAAACAGAUACAACAGAGUGCAGAUGUUUUCUUGGACACCGGGAUGAACAUUCCGCUUAUGGACUCUUUACUAAUCCCUAUGCUAGCUAUCGCUGUGAGCUAUGAGGACUCUGAUAUUAGGAAUGUUCGCGCUGUUAUUCUGGGGCCUCCAGAGACCCCCUAUCAGUUUGGUUUUUUCGAGUUUCACAUUAAGUUUCCAAAAGAUUACCCUGCGAGCCCUCCUACGGUGCGCGCAGCAACUACUAACGGCGGGACAACUCGUUUCAACCCUAAUAUCUACGCUGGAGGCAAGGUCUGCUUGUCAAUUCUAGGCACUUGGACCGGUGAGAGUGGAGAGCAGUGGUCCUCUGCACAAGGGCUAGAGUCUGUUUUGCUUUCUAUUCAAAGUUUGAUGUCGUCGAACCCCUACGAAAAUGAGCCCGGAUAUGAGCAUGCGAAAUCAGAUUCAGAUCGGGAAAACAUGGUGGCUUACACGGAAAAGAUACGACACGAAACGCUUCGUCUUGCGGUUAUUGAACCACUGGAAACAUCCUUGGAUAUAUUGCCGGAUGGCUCUACAAAGUCUCCAGGCGUAAAGAUAUCUGAGGAGGACAGUGAAUCUUGGUCGGAUGACGAGAUUAUCGGCUAUGAAAAUCCGUUUACCGAUCUUCGCAAGCGGCGCUUCUUAUGGUAUUACGAGUCUUACAUGCGCCUUAUUGACAGAGAGGAGCGAUAUGGACCUACGUCGCGUAACCGUAAGUUUCAGAAGAUGCCUUUCGAAAGUGCUGGCAAUACUAUGGAAGGUCAUUUUGACUACAUUGCAUUGCGACAGCGGUUGAUUCGUAUUAAAGAAAGAAUCAUGGAAGAAACAGAAGGGUGGCAUGCACAAGGACUGCAGGCUCAAAAGGAGGAGCUUGGCAUCGCAGUAAACUUGCAGCGUCAGUACGAACAGAUCGUCGAAGAUCUUAAGCACCAGAAGAAUUACACGAUUGAUUUGAAUAUUGUCGACGGAAACCCUUUCGUAUGGAUUGUCACAUACUUUGGGCGGCCCACUACGCCGCUAGACGGCGGGAUUUUCAAGAUGAAAAUACACCUGAGCCCACGAUUUCCGGAAGAGCAGCCUCGAGUGUUCAUGGAGACGUCUAUUUUUCAUAUUCGCGUGUCUAAAGAAAAAGUCCUAUGCUAUCUCCCGAAACGAACGGAGGAAAUGCGCUAUCACAUUGAGGCGAUCAUUGCGUCUUUGGAGGAGGAAUCGCCGCCGUAUGACCCACGGGCUACCAUCAACCCGGACGCAUCCAAGUUGUUCUGGGGUUCUCCUGAAGAACGUAAACAAUACAGGCGGACACUUAGAAGGGAUGUUGAGAAAUCUAUCGAAGAUACAUUUGAGUAAGAUACUUGAGGGUGUUUAACAAUCAGCAUUGGAGAUCUUAGCACUCACAUUCUUACCCCCAUGAAGCUCAUGAAAGACUGGAUUUGAAUGAAUGUCUUCCCCUUCACAUUAAAAAAAAACCCAUGACUCCCCGACUCUUCCCAUUCCUGGACACCCCUGGAACAUGAUUAACGAUACUACUAUGAAGCGCCUUACCCACCAUAGUACUGAUGAUUAGUUAUUGAGAGGGCAUGAGAGCUCCAUAAAUGUUCUAACUUUGACGAAAUCUUGCGUUGUCAUACAUCGCAUAAUGAACCUACAUUUCC